CUCCAACUACUCCCUCCAAGUCCAGAUGAUGCAGCCCAUGAAACCACUCCCAAGCAUGGACCCCAGCCCCGUCACCCCGAUCAGUGUUCACCUCCCGAGUCCCGCGGGGAUCGGCCCUGGCCCAAUCCCUCCGAUGCCCGGAUAUACCACCAACAGUGGCACCCGUCACAGCAACAACCGUUCCUGGAGCAGCUUCAGCAAACACAGCGGCUCGCACCAGAAGUCGCAAUCCCAGCUCUCCAACCCGAGCAGCAGCAUCAGCCUGGCGACCAUCGACGACGGCGUCGUCGCCUCCGACCGCCGCAAAGCCCAGGAGGACCUGGAGAUGCUGUAUGCGGCCGUGAUGGAACAUGACGAGAUCAAGGCAGCCAACGGUGGCGGCGGCAGCGGCAGCCCGCAAGACCGCAACGUUUCGCCCACGGGUACAGUGAACAGCAACCCAUUCAGCGACCCGCCGGUGGCGCCCGUGCAGGCGCCAACAUUGCCUCGCACACCGUCCCGGCUAUCGCGGAUUUCAUCAUCAUUGUCGCUGUUUUCGAGCAGCCGCGACCAGUCGUCCACCUCGCUCGCCAAUCCCGGGGCUGCAGCUAUUUCCUCUCCCAAGGGAGCCAGCGGAAGCGGGCGGGGCCUGGGCCUCCGCUCGCCGCGUCUGGCGCUGCCUCUGCGGAAGAUGUCCAUCUCCUCGCCGAUCACUUCACCCCGGAAUCAUACUGCGCGAGAGAACGAGGACGACGACGAUCCGUACGCGCAUUCGCCGUUGACGCCGAGGAUUUACCACCCGGCGCCGCCGCCAGUUCCGCCGUUGCCGGCGCAGAUGCAGCCACAGGUGAGAAAUAUCGGGGGUGGUGGUGGUGGUGGUGGUGCUCAAAGACAAUUCACCCACCCACCACCGCAGCAGCAGCAGCAGCAGCAGCAGUAUCACGAAUACCAGUAUCAGCAUCAAGACCCAUACCACACAGACGACAUCCCGCAAUCCCAGACCGGUCUUCCGCCGCUCCCCACCCCACGAGGAAUCCUCUCCUCCUCCACCCCCGAAUCCCUCGACGCAACGAACCCCCGCAGACCGGCCCGCAACGCUCCUCCCCCUCUCACACUGACCAAACCCCUCCCGCCAACAGCCGCAGGGGCAGGCGGCCCCGACGGGCCCGGUCGCAGCCUACCCCUCCGCGACGCCUACCCGCUGCAGAGCGCGCCGGCCACCAAGCUGACCGUCCUGGAGCGGCCGGUCAAACCCCACGGGGCCCCACGCACGGGCAUCCCCACCCCGUACAGCCCCUACAUGCCGUUCACGCCUGUGACGCCACUGACGCCGAGUCGGAUGGUCACGAAGCGGCAGCGGCGGAAGGAGGGGAAGGAGACCGGGUUGCAUGUGUUGAGGGAGGAUGAUAUGGUCAAGGGGGGUGGGGAUUUGUGGGGGUAUUAGCCCUCACUUGUUUGGAUAUAUAGUGCCCGGGAUAUGAGUUAUGAUUACUAUGGGGUUUUCUUUGCAGAAUGGGGAUGGGGAUACUUGGAUCCGGAUAUCACUUUCUAAGAGACUACUGUGUCAAAGACUUGGAUCCAGCUGGUGCUGUGAAUUGAUUUCUAUAUCUUCC